AUGACGAGUAACGCGCAGGAAAUGUCGCCCGACUUCGUCCUCAUGCGCCUCGUCUCCGCCGCCGAGGAGGACCGCCCGGAUGCGGAGAGUGGCACCACGCCGCCAGGGGGGGUCGUGGUGGCGGGGCUUGGCCGGGACGCGCUGGCUCACAAAGCGGCCUUGGAACUCAGCCUAGACGCGGGCCUCGAGCGGAACAAAGCCCCCGACCCGGCUGCACCUGACCGCGGCGACAGCCGAGGCCUGACGUGUGCGCCUUCCAGGCCGCAUAGCCCCGCGCCAGCUGCUGGAUGCGAGUUCGGUGCGGGUCUGCGGCCUCAGCUGCUUGUUUUCUCGGACCUUGUACGGAAUAGGGACGGGAUAUUAGAACUGAACCAGCAAAGGACUCAUUUGGGAUUGGAAAUGCAAAGCCCGGGGGCCAGUUGCUCCGAGCCCGCGUCGGGUAACAGCGCUCAGACGCCUGAAGAAGCCCAGCAACAGCAGAAUCAACUGGACAGGACCUGGGGGGCGUGUCGUCCGGUCCAGGGGUCAACAGAGCAGCAAGGAUCUGCAGUAGUGUGCCACAAACGCCGCCACCUAGCGGGCUCACCCGAGUGGCCCUCUUCGUCCGGGGGGUCCACCCCACUGGCUGUCAUCGACCCCGGAUGGACGUGCCCGAGCCGGGACCGAGAAGGAGCCGUGUUAGAGCUGGCCCGGAGAUUUGGCGAGCUGGGUGUGGGCGCGGUACCAAAGAUGCUCCUCAAAGCGGGCGAGCUCCCUCAGUGUGCGUGUCAGGGGGCUCACGCCCCGGGCGAGGAGCACGCCGAUGACCCGGCCGUCACCAGUGACGCCCUGCUGGUUCUGGAAGGCCUCGGCAGCGACGACGUGGCCGGCCUGGGCCUGCAAGACGACCGGGAGAGGCACCGGCACUUUCUAGUCAGCACCAAACCGGUACUCCGAGACAAAACGUGCGAUGAAGUCAGCGUCAAAGGGUCCAGAGCAACCGAACCGGUUUCGCAGACCUCCUCUCGGGCCUGCAGCCAAGCGUCCACUCCCCGCAGAAGGCCCGGGAGGUGCGCCAGCGCCCCGCGGACACCUGAUGGGGACGCCGGGACGACAAGUGGUACCCCUAAGUCCAGGAAGGGUUCGCUGAGGAUUCGCCUGAGCAGGUUGUUCCGUACCAAGAGCUGCAGCGGCUCAUCGCACCUUCUGGACCAGGACCGCAGGACCACCGCCGGUGGGCUGACGGACACGAGCGCGCCUGGACCUGCGUUGGACUCGGACAGCCUGGAGCGCGAGGCCAACAGGCUGAGCCGGGCCCACAGUGCCUUCUCCCCCACCGCCCUCGCUGCCUUCACUGGUGAGACGGUGUCUCUGGUGGAUGUGGACAUCUCUCGGCGAGGGACUGCCAAUACGCCUCACCCCCCAACGCCGCCGCCUCCACCGCGACGAAGUCUCAGCCUUUUAGACGCUUUCCUGAGGGCGCUUCCUCAUUCCAACCCAUCCCCGGCCGAUGCGCCGCCUGUUUCUAGGCAGGCCCCGCCGCCCGUGCUCUGUGCCCUCCGAAGGUCCGAAGCCAGUAACUUCACUGCCAGCCUCCGAGAGUUGGAGAAGUGUGGCUGGUACUGGGGUCCGAUGAACUGGGAGGAUGCGGAGAUGAAGCUGAAGGGCAAACCCGAUGGAUCUUUCCUGGUUCGAGAUAGCUCCGACCCGAGAUACAUCCUCAGCCUCAGUUUCCGCUCGCAGGGCAUCACGCAUCACACGCGCAUGGAGCACUACCGCGGCACAUUCAGUUUAUGGUGUCACCCCAAAUUUGAGGAUCGUUGCCACUCGGUGGUGGAGUUCAUCGAGCGUGCCAUCAUGCACUCAAAGAAUGGAAAGUUCCUCUACUUCCUGCGCUCCAGAGUACCAGGACUUCCUCCGACGCCGGUGCAACUUCUGUAUCCCGUGUCUCGCUUCAGCAACGUCAAGUCUCUGCAGCACCUCUGCAGAUUCUGUAUACGGCAAAUCGUGCGCAUUGAUCACAUCCAACAACUUCCACUGCCCAGGUCACUGGUGUCGUACCUCAGUAAGUUUUAUUACUACGACCCGGAGGAGGAGAUGUACCUCUCAAUCAAAAGCAUCCGAGCGGCGCUGGAAGCACACACGUAG